AUGGACCAGUAUGGACCAGUAAAGACCAGUGUGGACCAGUAUGGGGCAGUAUGGAUGGAUACAGAUCAGUAUGGACCAAUACAGACCAGUAUGGACCAGUAUGGAUUGGUGCUGUUCACAGGCCUGGUGGCCUCCCCAGCCCUGUUGGUGGCCCUGGGCUCGCUGGGUGGCACCGAGGCCACCUCAGUGCAGGACUGCACCCACCUGGUGACAGAUGGCAUCCGCAGGACACUGAAAUUCCUCUGUGCCAUGGGCAGGGGCGUCCCCAUUGUCACCCCUGAGUGGCUCAUCCAGAGUUCCCACGGUGGCGUGCCGCUGUCCCCGGCUCCGUUCCUGCCCCGGGAUCCCCCCCCUGAGCGGCGCCUCCGGUUCAGACUCAGCUCGGCGCUGGAGAGAGCCCGGGGACACCCCCUGCUGCAGGGUUACGGUGUCCAUGUCACCCCCGGGGUGCAGCCGUGUCCCCAGGACAUGAAGGACAUUGUCACCUGCUGUGGGGGCACCUUCCUGCCACUGCCACCGCGGGAGCACCGGCCCGAUAUUUUGGUGAUCUCGUGCCCCCAGGACCGCGCUCUCUGGGCUCCGUUCGAGGCCGCGCGGCUCCCGCUGCUCUCGGCCGAGUUUCUGCUCUCGGGGGCUCUGCGGCAGCGCCUCGAGCUCCGCCCCUUCCUGCUCCAAAAAACCCCAAAUUCCCCCCAAAAACACAAAAAAAAAGUCAAAUUCCCAUCGAAAAUCCAAAAAUCCCCAACAGAAAAAUUCAAAUUUCAGCCCCAAAUCAAAAAAUCCCGCUGGAAAUGCCCCGAAUCCCGCGCGAAAAAAUUCAGUUUCACCCCAAAAAUCAAAAUAUUCUGAGGGAAAAAAUUCAGAUUCACCCCAAAAAUCA